AUGACCUUUCUGCUAGGUACCGCCAUCGUGCUGUUGUACGUCGCAGAGGCGAACGACCGGUCUGCGAGUUCAGGGCGUGGCAAACCGUGCUAUACCGCUGGUUGCCGCCGACUGGCGUACUUUCUGCGGGACUCCAUCAACCGUUCCGCCGACCCGUGCAACGACUUCUACAACUACGUCUGCUCUAGAAGCGACUACACCGAUACCUUUAAGAACAUCAAGAACAAGACCAUGGACAACCUUAUUUCGCUCCUGCGCACGUCAGCGGUGCCCGAGCAAGGUCAAUCGGCCGUUCAAAAGAUGGCGAGUCUGUUCCGUGCCUGCGUUUCUCUCGCGGAAGAGAACAGAUACGAGCAUGGUGACGUAAAGGGCUUCCUGACGUCACUGAGCCUCUACGUGCCAACGUCACCGGACAUAUCGAGUACGGAUGACGACGAUCGGAGCGAUCCGCUGGAUAGCAUGCUGAAGCUAUCGGUGGAGUAUGGUUUGCACACGUUCUUAUAUUUCGGCACGACCAGAAAUGCAACCGCGGCGCGUUACCACCGACUGGCUUUGAGCGCCGAGUACGAGGCAUGGUGCGGGAAGCGCGCCAACCUUACCGAAUCUAACGACCUAACGGACUUCGUCACCGAGCACAUCCGCGUACUCGCUCCGUCGCCUAGCCACCAGGACGUUCUCAGACUGAGUAAAAUGUUCAUUUCGCUCGAAAGCGAACUGAUCGUAUUCAUAGCGCACGUAAGGAAAUCGUUAGAGCAGACCGGCCAGCUAACACCGCUGAACAUGAAAGUCCGGGAGCUCGCAAACUUCACGAGAAACGCCGUGAAAUCCGAACGCUGGUUGUCCGCCAUGAGACGAUGGAGUGGAAGGAAGUCCAAGCUGGAGGACGCGGUCCUAGCGGAGCCCCUGGCUCUGUGGCUCUCUUGGCAUCUGCUGGCACCCGGCCACUGGCACAACACCCGCCGCCUCAUGACCUGGGACUUGCUGCGCCAAGUGGCGCCUUACGCGGGCGCCAACUUCUUGCCCCGCGGUGGGGCCGCUGGCGAACUGGACCGCUUUUGCGUAAAUCGCGUCGCGAGCCAAGCGGCGCUGGCCACCAUGGCCGUGCACCUAUACCGUACUGCGACUCCACCUGUGCUGGCAGACACCGAGGACAUGGCCAAGCGGCUUCGCGCCGCUUUCGUCAAAGAACUGGCCACUUCGGACUGGCUGAGAGGUGAACCGCAGAGCACGGCGAUACGCAAAAUGCGCGCCAUGCGCAUGACCAUCGGAUUUCCCGACGGUCUGUCCCGGCCCGAACAGCUCGACGAGUAUUACUCCCAGUUGCCGGACCUGUGGAGCAGGCGGUCGCUGCGCUCCUGGCUGGAGCUUAAGCGCUUUCAGCGACUCAAGAGGCGCUUCUCGACGGUGAACGACGCGGACGCGCUGCGCGCCGGAAAGGUAAAUGCCUACUACCUGUCGGGAAACCGGGUCUGGAUGUCCGCGGGCCUCAUGCAAGAGCCCAUAUACUUCGAUCGCGCGCCGGACGCGUACAACUACGGCUCCCUAGGUCAAGCCAUGGGCCACGAGAUGAUGCACGCGUACGACGUGGGCGGCCGCAAAGUGGACGACCAGGGUCGGCACCGCGACUGGUGGAAUGACGAGACCAACAACCAGUACCAGGAGAACGCGCUCUGCAUUCGCCGCAGUCACGAGCAGGUGGUGAGGGAGCGAACCCAGUGGCUACUGCGUGGCAAGCUGGACUCGGAGAACCUGGCCGACUUCGCCGGUGUGAGCGCGGCGGCACGGGCGUACCGAUCGCUGCCGGCGAGCCGGCGCCUGGCGACGGUGGCCGGCUUCAGGCCCGACCAACUCUUUUUCGUGGGCCACUGCGUGAAGUGGUGCGCACCCUUGGGCUCGCGUCGCCCCGGUUCACGGCACGCGAGUGCCCGAUCGCGCUGCAUCGUGCCCUUGAUGCACACGCGCAAGUUUUCCAGGGCAUUCCGGUGCGACAGGGGAAGCUACAUGAACCCCAGUAGGAAAUGUCGUUUCUGGUAGCACGGGGGAGUUUUUUUCAGUGCGGGACCUCACUGCUCCUUGGACCCACCUGAACCUUUUCAAUGGCACCCGCGUUUCGCUGCUUGUGCUUCGUCAAAUUGAAAGACACUAGGUCUUAUGCUGAAGACUGCGUGGUACAGAUAAUGAUGACGUUUUAUUAGUAGAGAUUUUAGUAGCAGAGUUUUCAAUUCGGGGUCGCACUUGUACGUGUGAGCAUCAGGGAUGGUCAUAGAUGAGGUUAAUGGAGUGACCGCUCUAGAUUCUGCAUGACCCGAGAGCGAGUUCACGUACAGCACGUGUUUUAAUUGAAAUAAAGACAGGUAAAAAGUCCAUCCAAACAUAAAAUUUUUGGAGCGCGAUCGGCAUUUUUUUCAGAGUUGAGAUGGCAAGAGGCACAUCAGUGCCUUUGUGUGUGUUCGUGGUGUUUAGACAGGCGCGCAGAGACCUUGCGUAGUCCUUGGAAAUAGACGGCGGGAAGUUCCCGACGUGCGAUUGACGUUUGCCGACGCAAUUCUGUUAUUGUUCCCAACCAGGCAUACUUGCCGAAUGCUUACCUUUGAUCUG